AUGCCUCCGAAGUUGGAUCCUACUGCCGUCACGGUCGUAUAUCUUCGUGUGACUGGUGGCGAAGUUGCCGUUACUUCCGCUCUUGCGCCAAAGCUUGGUCCUCUCGGCCUGCCCCCCAAAAAGGUAGCCGAGGAUAUCGCCAAGGAGACCGCCGACAUGAAAGGUCUUCGUUUGACCGUUAAACUUACUAUUCAAAAUCGUCAGGCAACAGUCACGUUCGUGCCAACAACAUCCGCCCUCCUAAUCAAGGCUCUUAAGGAGCCUGUGCGUGACCGAAAGAAGGUUAAGAACAUCAAGCAUACUGGCAAUGUAACCUUCUUUGAUGCCCUUGAAGUAGCCAAAGUAAUCCGGCCGCGGUCACUUGCCCGCGAAAUGGCUGGGACCGUCAAGGAGGUUCUAGGCACUGCGCGUUCAAUUGGCUGCACCAUCGACGGAGAAACUCCCCAGGCAGUUAUAGAGCACAUAAAUGCUGGAGAGAUUGUUGUUCCUGAGUAA